UUAUGCUACUGACACAAUACUGUGCCUCUAAGAUGUACCAUUAACUCCAGCCACUCGCGGCGCCUAAUUGUUGUCGUAUCUCCCCCCAUGAUACAUGUGAAAGUAAUCCGACACCACCUGGACUCCCGUGUCCACUGUAUUGCGUCUUUGUGUUCUAAAUAGAUACUAUCUUCCAGUCGUGUGUGUGUGUGACCAAAAGCCGAGGAUUCAUUACCGAGCAGUGCAUGCGUGUUUGUUACUAGAUGUGCCACAGGUCAUCCCUGGCGACACACAACACUGAAUGUGUAGAGACGUUUAGAGAGAGAGAGAGAGAUACACAUCAUUUACAAUGUAUGUUGUGUACAGGACGAGUCCCAUUGCAAUGGCUUAGAAAGAGAUUUUUCUCACCAUUUUACUAAGGAGUAAGGCAAGUGGGAAGAAAAAUUAUCUUCCGACUCGGAUAUAAGAAGAUUUAAAGAAGGCUAUGCUUGAAGAUUGCAGUCUAGUCAUGUCUGAAGUCAGUCCCGCUGUGGCAGCCAUGUGGCGUCUCAUUGAGAUAUUAAAUAGCGAGAAAAAAUUAUGGCAGAGACAACUCCUCCUGAGAAAUGAAACAGAAAGAACCCCUCGGGCUCCACCAAGAAAGAAACAUCUUUUUCUUCGUUCAUUCAGCGUGGAUAUCCCUCAUACAAUCUGUGACGGAAACAACAACUUUAGCGUGCGGUCAGAUGACUGCGCAUGUUUCUCCGCUGGGGAAACCCCUUGCCCGAUUCAUGAAGACAUAGAUUGUGAUACAGCCAUGGCUGACUCGGCUGCUAGGCAAGACACGGUACCACCUAAGAAUCAGGAUAUCACGGCUGCAUCGCCUGUGGUGGAAAUCCCCGCUUCUGAUCACCAAGGCUGGCUGUUGGACCAGCUUAGGGGUCAAAGAGUCUGGGGUUCAGUGUCUGAUGGAACGCUAAGUCUGUACGAGACAGAGUCAACAAGUGUCCCUAAGAAAGCAAUAUCCUUGCACUCCUGCAGAGUGAAACCCAUUGAAUUCGUGUCCAAGCCGAACCAGAGGGAGCACAACGGCGUAGUCAGGCACUAUGGCAGCAACAAAGCUUCAAAGGUAGAAAAACAUCAAUUUCUCAUAGAAAAUCGGAACAAUAAACAAAAUUACGUUUUCGGGGUGGCGUCUAAGCAGGAACUCGACCAAUGGAUAAUCGCUCUGAAUAAUGCAUCAUGUGAGGAUUUUGAUUCUAAACUAUCCGAAGACACGGGUAUAAGCCUUGACUCUUCAAGUGCGUCAUUUGAAUCGGAUUCAGUCAAGCUUCGAGUCGGCUCUGACACAUCGGGAAUGUCUGCAGCUCCGUCACCAAAACUUCGCCCCCAUUCCAUCUCCUUCUCGAAUGCUCCACACGUAAAGAGAAACUCAGUAGUUGAAAUCCUUAAGCGCCACCGAAGCACCCAGGGUGAAAGUGAGCAAAAAGCCCAACCUGUGAGAGUUCGACACGAUGCUGAGGAUACUGGUCUUGUCCGGCCGUCUCGCGAUGCUGUCAGAAAGUCUAGGUCUUUUCUGAAAAAUCCUUUUGACAACUUGUUUCGUCUUCGUCGUAAGAAAAGAUCUUCGUCGGCAGACGACGCUUUCGAAAGGAGGCAGCAGCUAUCGUCAGAAAAGACCAGAAGCAAUAAUCGACUUUCAGACAGUCUAGAUUCAAGAGUAGAUAUAUUUCAGAAAAGGGAAAGGCAGGACUCACAAGAUAGCACAUCUUCUUAUUCUCCUGAGACAAGUCCGAGGUAUGUGGACAUAAACUACUCCAGAAGAGUCACUUCCAGUUUAAAAAGAACUGCCUCAGAUUUAAAGUCAAAGUUGUUUGGAAAUUCGAAGGACUGGGAUUUUACUGGAGUCAAACUAAAUCAACUACAGGAUAUAAAAGUUUCAGGAUUUCUGUUGUACAGACAAGACUUCAAAUAUGUCAAAGUGUUCUGUGCUCUGGGCCAUGGCUGGCUGUACAUGUUUAAAACUGACAGGCCGGAGGAUACGGCCCUGCUGUCCAUCAGGCUGAAUCACAGCUGCGUCCAGUAUGUGGUAGAACUGGAGCGGCGCAGGAAGAGCUUGUUCGCUUUUAAGGUCAGUCAGCCUCAGUGCCCAAGCGUCUACCUCUUAGCAGAUGACCAACAGUCUCUGACCAAAUGGAUAAUGUCUUUGCAAUCAGAAGCCAGUAGUAUUCAGGCUGAACAACGACUGGCCGAUGAGAUACGAGCAAAGAAGUCUGUACAAAAAGCCAGAGUCGCUCUGGAGAUUGGAAUGUCGCCGUCUGAUAAAAACGUAUCCAAGCAAGCAGAACUUAGACUCAAGCGUAAUUCUUGCCCCACAUUCAGUCUCACUGACCUCAAUCAAGUUCAAGGGGAUUCUCUUCGACGAACGUCCGAUAUAUCAGGGAUUAUCAGUUCAGAUAAAGGUACACUUCAAAAGGGAGACAAAUCAUUCUUGCCUUUAGAAACAAAAAAAUUAACUGGAUUAUCUCCCGAUAUUUACGACGAGAACUAUGCCAGUUCUCACUUUAAAAUUGCUCACUUGAUAUCUCCUGACUCUUCAACUGUUUCAGCUUGCGUGGAUGACAUUAAUAAAGUAUCUGACACAUCUGCAUCCCUUGGAUUAAACUCACACAUAGAUUUAGUAGCUGCUGAAGCAGAAACAACUCAUUCAGCAUCGUGGGAGUUGAAGCAUCAUCACAAAGUUGUGGCAGACGUUAAAAGUCGCCACGUCGCUUACUCUCCAGAAGUCAAGCAUGAAAGCGAGCGUCUCUUGCAGAAGGCCGCGGCCACAGUCAGGCGGGCAGCCUCCCUAAACAUUUCCGACGUCAAGCCCGCAACCCACCCUCGUAAUAGUGUGUUCAAGCCACGGGUAACCUCAUUUUUCACUCCUGUUCAAAAGCGUAGUCCUGGAGAAACGAAUACAGACCAACUCACCUCGAGAAAUCUACUGCCGAAUGUGAAUUUAAUCCAAGACGCUACAAAAGUAGCUACAGACACUUCUACUCUCUCUGAUGAUCAAACUCCAAGCGGUAACAUUGAGCCUCGUUAUGAAACCAAAGUAUCCAGGAAUCCAAGCACUGACAAAGAAAUUUCAAAUGUUGAAGUUUCACUUUCCACGGAGAGCGACAGCUCGUUUUUGAGUGAUUCAAAAAAGGAAACGAGUUCGUCGUAUUCCAACCAGCCGGAAGCAGCGCCCCAGUACAGAUUCGACUCCAACGUCCACGACAGCGCCCUUCAAGAGUCAUGGUCGACGGACCAGAGCUUUUUGCUCGCGGUCAUCAGCGACAAGCUGCGUCAGCGACGCCAACGCGAGUCACAAGACACAACUUCCCAUUGUUUCAACGAAAAUGUUUUGGUUGUUCACGAUGACCUGCCCUUGAACUUUACUAAAAAGCUCCCAAAGAUGUCAUCAGACGAGACGAGUGAGAGCUCAGACAGUGAGACAGUCACGUCCUUCUCAGCCUUUUUGUCGUCGGAGCGGAAAAUAUCCAGCGAUGUCGCCGACUGCCAUGCACAGAUGCAAGGGUUCGUGGAGAAAAGAGGAUAUGACGACAAAUGGAUAAGGUACUGGUGUGUUCUAAGAGAAGCCUGCCUGUAUUUCUACCUACGCCCGGAUGAUAAGGUUUCAGUGGAUGUGACAGAGCUCACCGGAUAUGGCGUUACGGAACUGGUGGAUUCUUUUGAAGGGAAAUCAUUUGUGUUGAAGUUUGACCACAAGGACUAUAUCACUGUUGUAAUCUCACUGGACUCUCACUCAGAAAUGUGCGAUUGGUUUCAAGCCAUUAAAGCUGUGCUGACUUCAUUGAAGAGGGGCAGAGCAGCUGGCUUUAGUCAGAUUGUCACCAAUGACUCCCGAAACCAUGAAGAAAAUGUACAACAGAUGUCACCCUCUACCAGGACUGUAAAGGAAAAACUUCUGGCUGAAAUGUUAAGACAAAAACAAGAACUGGAGAAAAUGCAAGCUGCAAGAAAUUAUAUGAAGAAAACUGAUACUGUUAUGAUGAGAUCUUCACCAACAGUGGGUGCCUCUCCCCCAGCCACUCCACCGACAGUGACAGAUGAUAACAGAAUAUGCAAUCUGACCAGGCUUAGACAGAGGAGAAUGUCAGCUCAAUUAAAGCUAAGUGUCAUCAAAAAGCAAAUGGAAGAGAGUCAAAAUUCCCCAAGGGACAAAAAGUCUGGAUUUAUAAUUGGUCGCAAGAAACCUGAUUUGGUUCCCACUGAAGUUCCUGGACUUAAAUCUGACUUGGAAGAACAAGCCAAAUCUUUGUCCUCAAUGUUAAAUGAAUUAGAUAGCUGCAUCACUGCUCAUAACCCUAGCACCAGAGAAGCAGAUCUCCAUGACAGACCCAUCUUAAAAAAGGGGACCAUGUAUGCCUCAGAUUUGUCUCUUCAGAGAUCAACUCAUUUAUUGACUGAACACAAAAAGGAUUAUUUAUAUAACUCCAAUGGUGAUGUGUCACCCAAACUCACAGAAAAAUCUACCAGUUUAAAAUCUAGUGUUCAAAAGUUUGCCCACAAGACAUUUUCCAGAGCAAACCGGUAUCUUAGCCGGAAGUCAUCCAGUCCUUCAGAGGAGAAAGAGGAUGCAAAAAGUUCAUUAUCAUCACCAAACAAUCUUUCAAUCAUGACUCCAGAUGUCAUUGAUAUGACAAAUAGUAAUGGCAUAUCUAUUUUAAAGCCCUUUUCUCCAGAUGGCUCAAUUUAUCCAGACCCGCCUGACAAUUUUAAAUCUGACUAUUCACUUUUAGCAAGAACUCUGCCAAACUCAAAAAAAGGAAUUUUCUCUACUAAAAGUCACAAAAAUUAUCUUCUUAGUUCCUCAUUUAGUCAGAUGGACCUCCAUGGUCCACGAAUAUCACCUUCGUCAUCAUUUCCUUCACUUCAUUUCACCAGUGACAGAACUAAAGAGGAUUUUCAUCAAUUAAGUUCAUCUCAGAGGUCAUUCCUUAAAUCUGAAUCCCCGAUUGAUAGUUUAGACAGCAGCAGUUCCUGGUCCCCGAUCAUUCCAGCCAAAAAUACACACUCUCAAGCAAGCAGACGGGAAGUUAACCCUCAAGCUAUGGCACAAAUUUAUGCAUUUGAAGAGCUCUCCAAAAAAUUCAUGCAAGAUUGUCAAGUCAAUCAGGAGCUGCUGUAAAUUUGUGUACAAUGAAUGCAUGAUAGGAAAAGGAGACAAGUAACAACAGAUGAAAACUACAGCUGUCAUUCUUUUUCAAGACUUUUAAAAACAAUUGAUUUUAAAAUUUGAAGCUUUUGUUUUGGUUUAUUAAUUUUAUAACAGACUAAACUUGCAAUAUAUCAAAACUUAUUGUUAUAUAGUCAUACUUUGAAAGAGAUUGUAAAGCCCUUAGUUAACAUACUACUGUGGCUUUAAAGAUUGUAAAUUCCAUAUUACAUAAUUUUUUUUAAAAAUAAAAUAAAAUUGUUUACAUUCUAA